AUGCCCUUAGGCACGGCCAUACAUAACAUAGAAAUCACACUUGGAAAGGGUGGACAAUUAGCUAGAGCAGCGGGUGCUGUAGCGAAACUGAUUGCAAAAGAGGGGAAAUCGGCCAUAUUAAAAUUACCUUCUGGGGAAGUUCGUUUGAUAUCGAAAAACUGCUCAGCAACAGUCGGACAAGUGGGGAAUGUUGGGGUGAACCAAAAAAGUUUGGAUAGAGCCGGAUCUAAGCGUUGGCUAGGUAAGCGUUCUGUAGUAAGAGGAGUAGUUAUGAACCCUGUAGACCAUCCCCAUGGGGGUGGUGAAGGGAGAGCCCCAAUUGGUAGAAAAAAAUCCACAACCCCUUGGGGUUAUCUUUCACUUGGAAGAAGAAGUAGAAAAAGGAAUAAAUAUAGUGAUAAUUUGAUUCUUCAUCGCCGUAGUAAAUAG